UUUUUCUGAGUCCCACCGUAUGAGACGUCAAAGUUCCCCCCUGGAUAACAAAGCGGGAUUCCUCUGAGCUGGAGCUGAAGCCAGCGGAUUUCAUGCCCUCGGAUCUCUGCGCGGGGCAGUGAAGGAUGCCAGGAUGCCCUGCUUGAUGAUCUCCCGUCUGCUCGUCCUCUGGCUGAGCGUCCACAGGCUGGUGUGGUGCUCGGAGCGCGCCUCGGCACGGGAGCGCUUCAAGGUGGUCAUCGCGCCCCUCAUCUGCAAGCGGAUCUGCCUGAAGGGCCAGUGCCAGGAUAGGUGCGAGCAGGGCAACAACACCACGCUGAUCGCAGAGAACGGCCAGGGCGCCGACACGCUCAUCGGACAGGGCUUCAGGGUUGUCGUGUGUCCUCUGACGUGCAUGAAUGGAGGAGUGUGCAGUUCCAGGAACCACUGCCUCUGCCCGCCUGGCUUCACGGGCCGACUCUGCCAAUUUCCACUACAGCAAGCGCAGGCGGCGCACGGCAACAGGCAGCCCGUGUACCCCGCCUCCCUGAAGCCAGACGGCCAAAAGCUGGUGGAGCACACGGCCAUGGGGCGCACCCAGAUGACACAAACACACUCUGUUUUCACCCUGCCCCUGUCACAAGUGGGGCACCACUCAUCAGAAGUGCAGAUUAACGUUCGUGUUCACCACACACCGGACACCUCGGUCAUCAUUCAGCCUCAUGACCAAUCGGACUCCAAACCUCCUCACAAAAUAGCAAUGCGGCCCUUCCCACCGAGACACAAACCGAAAGGCCGCUGCUUUCAGGAGACGACGCCCAAACAGGCCUGCAACAGCACGCCGCUUCCCGUUCUGACCAAUCAGGAGGAUUGCUGUGGCAGUGUGGGAAACUCAUGGGGACAGAACAAGUGCUACCAGUGCCCCAAAUUACCAAACGCAUCAGUCAAACACACCAUUGUGGAAGAAUACGGCUCUACCUGUCCGCAAGGCUACAAGCGAUUUAACAGCACUCACUGUCAAGACAUCAACGAGUGCACCCUGCAGGGUGUCUGUCAGAACGGAGAUUGCCUGAAUACGUUGGGCAGCUUCAAGUGUUCCUGCAAAUCUGGCUUCGUUUUGGAGAGAAAUCGAUGUGUUGCACGUCGUGUGUCAGAGUCUCCGCCGGAGCAGGCGCAGUGCUUCCUGUUGGCGUCCGACGCCAGGGGCUGUGAGCACCCGCUGGUGAACCAGAUCACCCAGGAGAUGUGCUGCUGCACGGUGGGCAAAGCCUGGGGCCACAAAUGUGAGAGAUGUCCUCAGGUGGGCACAGUGGCCUUCAAUAAGAUUUGCCCUGCUGGGAAAGGAUACUAUCUCCAAAGCAUAACAGAAACCGUGGCCUUGCCUCCCAUCAUCUUCCAUCCACCACUUGUGACGGAGAAGCCCCCGGAGCCGACCACGGCGCAGCAGACUUCUGUCAGCACCACCCGACCGCGAGUGCCUGUUGUUAAACCCACUCCUCCGCCAAUCGUCCGAAUCCCCCCAGGCAAUGACCCCUUCGAAAUAGACCCUAAAGCGGAGACAGAUAAGUGCGGCCUGAGCAGAGGCAUUUGUGGUCAUGGGAAGUGCGAGAACAGCCCGAACGGCCACAUCUGUCACUGUUUCCCCGGCUACCGUCUCAACCUGCAGAGGAACAUCUGUGAGGACGAUAAUGAAUGUGACGCGGAGCCGUGUGGCCACGGCAGAGGCCGUUGCGUCAACACAGAGGGAGCGUACAAGUGCCAGUGUCGCCCGGGUUAUAAGCACAUGGUGCAGCACGGGCGACUGAAGUGCAUAGAUGUAAACGAAUGCCACAAACCAGAUAUCUGCGGCGUCGGAGGCCUCUGUGUCAACCUGCCUGGCUCCUAUAAAUGCGAGUGUCAAAUCGGCUUCAGAAGCAAGUCCCACCGUUAUCCGGCCUGUGAAGACAUAAACGAGUGUUUGAGUCCGGAUGCUUGUCUGAACGAGCAGUGUGAAAACACACCGGGCUCGUAUGAGUGCGUGCCGUGUCUACCCGGCUAUGAGGCCCAUGCUGGCACAUGCUAUGACAUUAAUGAGUGUCAGAAGCCUGGCAUCUGUCCCAACGGGCGCUGCGAGAACCUCCCUGGUACUUACCGAUGCCUCUGCAACGAGGGCUUCCUUCACUCUGCACACAGCAAAAGCUGCAGUGACAUUGACGAGUGUGCGGACGUUCGACUGUGUGCUUACGGCCGCUGCAUCAACACAGAAGGCUCCUUCAAGUGCCAGUGCUACCCAGGCUACCAGCGCACACAGGAGGGCAGCCACUGCGAAGACAUUAAUGAGUGUGAGAGGCCGUCGAGCUGCCUGAGGGGCCGCUGCAUCAACAGCAUGGGCUCGUACCACUGCGAGUGCCAGAAGGGCUACAAACUGGUUGGAGGCAGGGAAUGCCAAGACAUAGACGAAUGUGCUGCAGACAGGAACCUCUGCCAACCCUACGGCUCAUGUGAGAACAGACUGGGCUCCUACAUGUGUGUCUGCAAUCACGGCUAUGCCCUCUCAGAGGACAGACACAGCUGCGAAGCGGUUCGAAUCGUGACGGAUGAGAAGAAGGAGUGUUACCUGAACCUCGACGACACGGUGUUCUGCGACAGCGUCCUGGCCAUCAACGUCACCAAGCAGGAGUGCUGCUGCUCCAUCGGUGUGGGAUGGGGAGAUCACUGUGAGAUCCACCCCUGCCCCGUCUCCCACUCAGCAGAGUUCCACUUCCUCUGUCCACACGGACAAGGUUUCUACGGUGAACAAAGACUCCAGUACAGCCUGCCCGCCUACCACGAUAUUGAUGAGUGUACUCUGUUUGCUGAGGAAAUCUGCAAAAGAGGCCGUUGUGAAAACACACUGCGAGGUUAUGAGUGCUACUGUCAACAAGGCUUUUAUUAUGACAGCAACCUUCUUGAGUGCAUUGAUGUCAAUGAAUGCCACGACGAGUCUCUCUGCACCAACGGUCGGUGUGUCAAUACUGACGGGGGCUUUUAUUGCAUCUGUGACCGGCCCUGGAUCCCCGACUCCAGCAGGAAAAAGUGUGUGAUGCCAACAGUUGCUGAUGUCAAUGAGUGUGACAACCCAGGAAACUGUAAGAAUGGCUUAUGUGUGAACACAGUGGGUUCUUACUACUGCAUUUGCUCUCCGCCCUGGACGCUGGCUGUGGACCGAAACAGCUGCGUGACUCUCGAGGAGCAGGCUGAUGUGAAUGAGUGCCAGGACCCCUCGUACUGUAAGAAUGGGAGGUGUGAGAACACGCCCGGCUCCUUUCACUGUUUUUGCGACCCUCCCCUCACCUUCAGCGCGGCGCUGAAGCAGUGCGUCUAUGACGAUCGUACUGCAGCCCACAAAGACGUGUGUUUCGAGCGGGUUGAUGAGGGUCUCAUCUGCAGUCAGCCCAUCGACAAAGUGGUGACUUACUCUGAGUGUUGCUGUCACUACGGCCACGGCUGGGGGCCAGAAUGCAACACCUGCCCUCCCAGAAAUUUGGAAAUGUUCAGUAUUCUUUGUAAGAUGCAACACGAGACCGAGUCGGAUGGGGAUCAGGAUUUUCUGGCAGCUUUCGCAAACUACAACCCAGGUGACAGUUCAGAGGAGGAUUCGGACGAAUGUAGCUGUGCAAAUGGCCGCUGCGUCCGCUCAUACCUGGGUACCAUGUGUGAAUGUAACACAGGCUUUAGGCUAGACCACUCCCGUGCCCGCUGUAUAGACAUCGACGAGUGCGCGGAGCCGGGCCCACGCACCAGCCCCUGCAAGAACGCUCGCUGCGUGAACACUUUCGGCUCGUACAAGUGCUUCUGCAAACACGGCUUCAUGGCCUCGCGCCGGCAAAACGUAUGCGUGCGCCGCAGAACUCAGUAAGGUCACCUGGACGGCGUACGUACACGCAGUCUAACACCAACCCAGCGGACAUGCCGUCGCACACCUCCAUGUUUUUGUGUGGCUGCGUGAGCCACUGCAGACCUGAAAACACGGUUCGCCGUCGGAGAAACGUCUUCGCCGAGGCCGAUCUGAAAUGUACGAAACGUUCUCGUUCCCGCCAAUUCACUUAAAAAAAAAAGUUAUCGAAUCACAUUAGGAUAUUUGUUUAUUGGUUAAUUUUUUUGUAAUUAUUGUUUUCUAAACUGUUUUUUAGAUUAAUAUNAAAGUGUAUAUUUUUGUGANUUUUGUUUUGCUGACACCCCCCACUUUGCCACAUUGUUUUAAUCACUGUUGGAGCUUGAAGACGAGCUCUAGUUUUAAAAAAAAAGAAAUUCAUCUCAAAGAUCUCAAAGAAUUUUUUUACAUUCCCCUGUAAAACCCACAUCCUGACAUGUUUAAUAAUAAUACAUUACCUGAAGUGUAUUUUCUACAGUAAUUAUUACACAUUGUUUAAAUUGUGUUUUUUGUACAGUUUGUUCUGUGGAAUGACCCCUUUGCUAUUUUAUUUGUUGAUGUAAAGUAUGAAAAAAAAAUUUUGGGAUUUUGCUAUCGUUUGACAAGCGCACCAAAGUGGACUUUGCAGAAAAGGAGAGGUUGAGACGCAGUGGGAGUGUAGUGGAAAAUAUUUGCGAAAUGUACCUUCUGGGAAAAGCCAUUAUAAUUGCUGAAUCAAAUUAUUAGCCAAAGAAGUUGUUGGGAAGAGAGAAAUUUAAUUAAAAAGUCACUUUUAA